GAGAGGUAGACAGAGAGAGAGAGAGAGAUGGCGCCUCGAACUCGAUCCUGCUCUCACUGAGGCAGUGUUUAGAGCCGGUUAGAGAGAUUCAGUAAGGGGCAGACAAAAGAAAAAAAACAUGGUGAACACAAGGAAAAGCUCACGGACUAGGAGCGGUCCAUUCAUCUCGUCGAGGACUAGGUCGUCGUCGAGAAACGAGCGAAACUCUGAGGAACAUAAGGAACCCAGCAGUGAUGCGAGCAGUCCCAGCAGUCCACGGUUUGCACCGCCUUCCAAGCGCACACGGCGGCAGACUGCUUCUGAGCCAAGCUCCAGUGAUACCUCCCCGUCCCCUCAGACUAAGGGCCAGAGGGUCAGCUGGGGCAUUCCUACCUACUGCACAAGACUGUCGUCUCGCAUCAUGCAAAAUGGGCACGCCCAUAUGAGUCACCGGAAUGAGGACAGCGGAGGGGGAGAUCACUCUCAUAUGAAUGGCCAUGUGGAGCUGAAGAGGAGCUGUCGGGUGAAGAAGAGCCAAUUUGAACACCUCAAUCAGAGCCUGCUGUUUGACCAGCUGGUCAACAGCACCGCGGAGGCUGUUCUUCAGGAGAUGGACAACAUCAGCAGCAUCAGGCAGAAUCGUGAGGUGGAGCGACUUCGCAUGUGGACCGGAGAAACCGAGGAGGAAAACAUGGACAUGUAUUCACGGGUGAAACGCAGGAAAUCCAUGCGCAGGAGUACUUUCAACAUGCCUGCGCAUCACAAAGUCAUGGGCAAAACAGAGCAGGAGGAGGAAGAGGAGGAAGGAACUGAAGAAUCUCAUGGUGAGGAAGAGGAGGAAGAUGCAGAGGAUGAUGAUGACGAUGAUGAAGGAGAUGAAGCAGAGGAGGCAGGGGAGGAAAAUGACAGACCGUACAAUCUGCGGCAGCGUAAGACAGUGCAGAGAUAUGAAGCACCGCCUAUUGAGCCAGUGAACAGAAAACAGAGCAACCCCUCACUUUUUGACACCCACAGAUCCCCAGCGAGGAGAAGCCAUAUAAGAGUGAAGAAACACGCCAUUCACAGCAGUGACACCACCUCAUCUUCUGAUGAAGAACGCUUUGAGCGCAGAAAAAGCAAGAGCAUGACUCGGGCCAGGAACAGGUGCUUGCCCAUGAAUCUGACGGCUGAAGACCUGGCUAGUGGGGUGCUGCGUGAUCGAGUUAAAGUGGGUGCAAGCUUGGCUGAUGUGGAUCCAAUGAACCUUGACCCUUCAGUAAGAUUUGACAAUGUGGGUGGUCUUAGUAAUCACAUACAGUCACUAAAGGAAAUGGUGGUAUUCCCUCUGCUGUAUCCUGAGAUCUUUGAGAAGUUCAAGAUUCAGCCUCCCAGAGGGUGUUUGUUCUAUGGCCCACCAGGCACAGGAAAGACCCUGGUUGCACGAGCUCUUGCCAAUGAGUGCAGUCAUGGUGACAGGAAGGUUUCCUUCUUCAUGAGGAAAGGAGCCGACUGCCUCAGCAAGUGGGUUGGUGAAUCAGAACGGCAGCUACGCCUGCUCUUUGACCAGGCUUACCUUAUGAGGCCAUCCAUAAUUUUUUUCGAUGAGAUUGAUGGUUUGGCUCCUGUUCGCUCCAGCAAGCAAGACCAGAUACACAGUUCUAUUGUAUCAACUUUGCUGGCCUUGAUGGACGGCUUGGACAGUCGAGGGGAGAUAGUGGUCAUUGGUGCUACAAACAGACUUGACUCUAUCGACCCGGCACUCAGGAGGCCUGGACGCUUUGACCGGGAGUUUCUGUUCAGCCUGCCCGAUAAGAAGGCCAGAAAGCACAUUUUGGAGAUCCACACACGGGACUGGAAUCCCAAAUUGUCUGAGCCAUUUUUAGAUGAACUUGCAGAAAAAUGUGUCGGCUACUGCGGUGCUGACAUCAAAGCACUUUGCACAGAGGCGGCCUUGAUGGCGUUGCGCCGCCGCUAUCCCCAGAUCUAUGGCAGCAGCGUCAAACUGAAGCUGGACGUCGCCUCUAUCGUCCUGGGGCCCGGCGACUUCAGCAAAGCAAUGAGGACAAUUGUCCCAGCCUCCCAGAGGGCUUUGGCUCCCCCAGGCCGAGCCUUGUCCCCAACCCUCAGGCCCCUGCUGGCCACUUCUUUCUCCUUGGUGCUGAAAGCUCUGCUCCGAGUCUUCCCCCAUGCUCAGUGUACUGACAGGGACAACACACACGUGCUAGGCGGUGACAAUCAUCUGCUAGAAGAGGACCUGUAUAGCGACGAUGACAAUGAGGAAGGCUCUGCUUCCAUUUAUGAAGUCCAGCCCGCUGCAUCCCCAAAGAGUCAGCUCACCUCUUCUGCAAUGCACAGACCCUUCCUCCAUUUCUCCUCCUCUGCCCUCCAACAGCCCACAGCAUACAGGCCUCGUCUGCUCCUGGCAGGGGCCCCGGGCUCAGGACAGAGCUCCCACUUGGCCCCUGCCUUGCUGCACCACCUGGACAAGCUACCAGUACACCGCCUGGACUUGCCCACUCUCUACUCCGUCAGCGCCAAGACGCCAGAGGAGUCCUGUGCUCAGGUAUUCCGCGAGGCCCGCCGGAGCGUGCCCAGUGUAGUAUACAUGCCACAUAUCUCAGAGUGGUGGGACACAGUAAGUGAUACUGUGAAGAGCACCUUCCUCACCCUGCUGCAGGAUGUGCCCUCUUUCAGCCCUGUCCUUGUCCUCGCCACAGCUGAAACUCACUACUCAAAGCUGUCAGAUGAGGUGAGAAGUAUAUUCCAGAGGACCUAUGGGGAAGUAGUUGCACUGUCCCCUCCGGGAGAAGAGGAAAUACGGCACUUCUUCUCUGACCUCCUGUUGGUUCAAGCAGCCAGGCCUCCACCACGCCUCAGGAAUGCAGACCUUCUGACGCCGGCUCAGCUGUCAGCGGUUCCGGGUGCUGGUGCAACCAGGAAGCACCACAGUGCGGGAGAGGAGCAACCCAGGAGCAGCACUCAGGGUGAUGCCACUGAGAAACAUUGCACCACUAAUUAUGUAAAGCGGAAGGUUCGGAGGCGGCCAUCGUGGGGGCGGGGCAUCAUACGGAAAAAGAAGAACUACAAGAAAGGGACAGAGGAGGAAGAGGAGGAGCCUGAAGCAGAGGUGGAAACGGCAGGGCCCAGCGACUCCUGUUUAACACAGGAUGAGGAAUCAUCUUGCGAUAUUACAGGUCCCCAACCCAAUGGCCAUCAUCCACAUGCCCCCUCCACAGAAGAAGAAAGCUCCAACGAACCCCCUGUUGCAGCUCCCGAUAAACCUCCAGAUGCUAGCAAAGCCAGAGAGGCGCCAAUGCCUAAAGUUGAGGAGCCUGCAGCUAAAGAAGCAGAGCCUGAGAUCACAGGGAAACACACCGAACCACAUUGCCUUGGUGGUAGUUCUCAGCCCAACACAGAUGGGGAUAGAGAGGCCAGUCGGGCUGACUUCCAGCCUUUGAUUGAAAUGUCGGUGUCUUCAGAUGCUGAGGACCAGCCUAAGCACACAGAGGUUCUCCUGGUUUCACAAGUGGACUGUGUGAAUGGAAAUGAGUCAAUGGACAGCCUUGACUUGCAGAGCCUCAAGGGGAGCAGUGAGGCAGAGACAAGGACUCCUCAGAGCACGGCUGAGGGCUCUAAUAGAGCUGAACAGGAUGAGCACAAAGACAAAAAUAAGAGCAAACCAACUCAGGAGCAGCAUCCUCAGGAUGGAGUGGCAGUAACGGAAACUGUUGAGGACGAUCAUAACAAAGAAGUGGGGACAUUCAACAGUAGCUCAUCAGAGCAGUUGAAGGAGUCCGCUGAAAGGACCGAGGAAGAGCCACAAGCAGUACCUCCCCAUCCUCCAGUGGUAAUUGACCACCAGCGACUUUUGAUUCUACUGGAUGUGGUGGUGAAGAAGAGUGAGGGCUACAGCGUGGAGCAGCUGGAGCGAUUGUACUCCCUACUCAGCCAGUGCAUCUACAAGCAUCGUAGAGAGUACGACAAGACCCAGCUACUCGAGGAGAUGGAGGAGAGAAUCCAGCGUUUUGAUACAUUCCUGUGAAAUGGAGAGAAAAUACCCAUCAGGUAGAUCCUGAACAGCCUGGGACCACAACAACAACACAACACACACAAAACUGAGUGAGCACGAGUGGAGGAGCUUCAGCCCUCAACACAAAAACACCACACAGGAAACUCCAGCACCCUCCUCGUCGCUGGGAGGGAACAAAGCGAGGAUGAGGACAGAGACAUUCAAUGGUGCUAUCGUCUCAGGAACCUGGCCACAUCCAGACGCAUACUACACAACCAAACCCCUGGAGGUGUGUCAGCCACACUUAUACACACACACACACACACAAACCGACAGUGGCAGGCAACACUGGUGCUACUCGGGUGCUAUCCUCAACUUUAUCCGUGCUGCUCUCGGGAAGAUUUCUUAAGUUUGGACGACUAGAAAAACCAAGAGAUGGGGUGAUGUCCUAUCACAACGUGGCAGCGCGUACACGCCGAAACACUUGACACGAGUAUGCAUGCAUUUCUACAAACAGACGCACUCACUCAGACCCUCACCAGCAGAAGUGUGACAGCAGAGUGCCGCCAAGAGACGAGGACGGGGAGCGAAUGGGCGACCCACGCCAGCGAGCCCUCCCGCCCUCGAGUGGAGCGCUUCAUCACAGGCCAGUUGUUACCGCGCUAUCGUGCAACCUUUUUCGUUGUCGUUUUUGUUUCGUUUCCUCUUCUCUCUGCCCUUUUAGCUACUUGAUUAGUUCCAUAUCUGAGCCACAAUCACCCAGAAGAAUAGUUUACAAAGAAGUUUUUUACCGUAGACACAAACUCGAUGAGGUUAGCACAGCAGGACUAGAAUCAAUUAUGUCCUCUUCAUUAUGGCGGUCAUCAAGCGUGGAAAGCCGUUAGCCCCCUCGGCGCUGGUCUCAGAGUUACUGGUGAACAAGCGUAGCGUCGCCUCGGGGUCAUCUGUAAAAACCUCCUCACUCGAAACAUUC